AUGAUCCUGCUUCAUCGGCCCUUCCUCCAGUCAACUCGCCCCUUUCAGGGAUUCACUCUGUCAGAAACGGGCCGAUUUGAUGUUCAUACGGUGUCAUGCCGCAAGGCAGCUCAGUGGAUCGCCACCAUCCUCCAAAUCUACCAUAAAAACUUCACUCUGCGAAAGCUUCCAAUCUCUGCCGUGCACUGCGCCUUCACGGCCGCCGUGAUAUUUCUCGCAGACGCGACCUCGGAAGACGACGAGCUCCAGCAAGAGUCCUUGAAGAACCUCAAGACCUGCUACCGGAGUCUGCAGGGGAUGAGGACCGCGUGGGGCUGGAGUGAGCGCGCCAUAUCCGCCUUGGAGCAGAUCGCGAUACGGUGGAAAGUCGAAAUCCCCGGCGUAGAGGCGGCCGCCCCCCCAACGGGAAUGGACUGUGAAGACGAAACGACUAGUACUUCCACGCAUUUGAGAAAGGGGGGGCCAUCUGGCGGAGAAGUACCAAUUCCGGCGGACGAUUCAUCUGCUCAGCAACCAGUGGACAACUGGCUGGAUCUAGAUACCCUCUUGAGUUGUUCUGUAGAGUAG